UUCAUCCCAUUCUUUUCCCGAUUUCCUUGUCCGUUCAGAAAAAGAUUUGCAUUCCCAAUAUUUGUCAUUUAGUCAUGCGUGAAGCCUUCAUUUCUAUCCGCGGCAUGUCUUGUGCUGCGUGUGCGGGCUCCAUCACCGAUGCGCUAGAGGCAUGUCCCACGGUUCAAAAAGCUGGGGUUUCCCUCCUUACUAAUGAAGCCAAAGUCAAGUUUUCGGAGCCGAUGAACGCGGAGGAUCUUGUCAGUAUCAUCGAAGAUUGCGGCUUCGAAGCACUGCUUGUGGCUGUCUCGCCAUCUCAGGAAAAACUGCUGGCUUCUGCUUCCACCAUACUAGAUAUUACCGGAAUGACUUGCGGGGCAUGUUCAUCGAGCAUCACAGAAGCUCUUGAGAACAUGGCUGGCGUAGAGCAGGCAAGCGUUUCUCUUAUCACGAAUCUGGCAAAAAUCCUACAUGAUGCGAGUCUUCCCGUCGAGAGCAUGAUCUCGACAAUCGAAGACUGUGGUUUCGACGCGACUUUGGCCUCGUCUAGUCAGGUGCAUUCUUCUAAUUCGGGUCUCGAAGAAACGAAACUAGAGGUUUUGGGCAUGACUUGCGGUGCAUGCUCAGCGUCCAUAACAGAGGCACUUCAAAAGCUUCCAGGUGUGGUCGAUGCCAGUGUGUCCCAAAUCACUAGUGCCGCGCACGUAACUCACAAGUCUGGCUUGAAGCCCGAGGCUAUCAAGGAGACAAUCGAAGAUUGUGGAUUCGACGCACGUGUCCUCCUGUCACAGCCGCUUGCGGGACUGCCCCCCACUGAGGACCAAAAGGAUGAUUUUGUCUUGCAGAUUCAUGGUAUCGACAAGGACACAGACAUCUCAGCUUUACAGUAUAACGCGGAGGCUGUUCUCAGCAGCUUGGCUGGCGUUGAGCUGUUCCAGUUUGUCUUCAAAGGCGAAGUUACCCCUGAGGAUUUCCACAACGAUGUGACUGAUUUGGGCCAAGAAAACCUCACAGACGAGCUUAGGAUAUCUCUUUAUUCAAAUGGCACAGGAAUCCGUCAUCUCUUGGAUUCUUUGAACACCUUAGACAGUCGGAUUCUGUUCAUCAUAUCUAAUUCCGUGGAUCAGUCUUUGAGUUCGCAGCUAAAAAUCUUAUCAAAAACGAAGGACAUCGAAUACUGGCGCUCUAAUUUCUGCUACUCUUUGGCUGCUGGCGCCCCCAUCGUUGCUCUCAGCGUCACUGAGAAUACGGGAUUUUGGAAAAAACUCACUUUCUUCCAUGGGCUUUAUCUAGUGUCCUUGAUUGAGCUUGCCAUUGCCACGUACAUUCUUUUUCAUCUCGGGGCAGUUUUCUUCAAAAAUUUCAAAGUGUUCAUCCGUCACAAGGGCAAACAUGCUAACAUGGACGUGCUUGUCUGUAUCUCGACCCUUGUAUCAUAUUUAUUUUCGGUUUUAUCCAUGUUUCUCAGUGUGUGGUCAGGGCAGAUGGAAAAGCCACCCAAAGUCUUGUUCGAGACAGUUGCCAUGCUUGUUUGCUUUGUCUCGUUUGGAAAAUGGAUCGAAAACCGAGCAAAGGGUUCCACUUCUUCGGCACUAUCCAAAUUAAUGUCCUUGACUCCAACAACAUGCACAAUCAUUGAUGACGAGGCACAGCUUGAACAUAUCACAAAAAUGAGUCAAGAUGACAAGACUUACGUCGCAGCCGAAGUUUCAGCCCGAACCAUUCCCAUUGACCUCAUUCAGAAAAAUGACAUUGCCGUUGUUUAUGCUGGCGGGAAAAUUCCAGCUGAUGGUAAGAUUGUUUAUGGAAGUACAGACGUGGAUGAGUCUAUCAUUACCGGAGAGUCUUUACCUGUUCAGAAGAAAGUUGGAGAUACAGUUAUUGGAGGCUCCAUCAAUGGGCCAUUUCUUAUUUACAUUCAGGUCACAGGCGCAGGAAAAAACUCUCAGCUUCACCAGAUCAUUAACAUUGUGAAGGAAUCACAAGUCAACAAGGCCCCUGUGCAGAGAUUUGCCGACUUUGUUGCAGCGAGAUUUGUUGCUUUCGUGCUAUGCCUUUCAUUUACCACCUUGCUCUUCUGGAUGUUGUACCUGAAAUUUUAUCCAGAAUAUCUUCCAAGCGUUUUCAUCAAAGACGAGAAUGGAAAAUACUUUGUGUGCUUGAACCUCGCCAUCUCUGUGAUAGUUGUGGCAUGUCCUUGUGCCUUGGGUUUGGCAGCUCCGACUGCUGUGAUGGUUGGUACGGGUGUCGGUGCCUCAUUUGGUGCUUUGAUCAAAGGAGGUGAUGUAUUAGAAAAAUCUAGUGGCGUAAAUGUCAUAUUGUUUGAUAAGACAGGCACGCUCACGCAAGGUGAUCUCCAGAUAACAAAAUCCAAGCAAAUAUUGGGAACAACUGGUCUUUCAGAAACUCAGUGGUGGACUUUGGUUGGUUCUGUCGAAACUCAUUCUGAACAUCCCACGGGAAAAGCGAUUAGUGCCCAAGCCAAAGAAAUAUUGAGCCUGUCACUUGAAAAAGACUCCUUACUGGCUACGAUCGAAGACUUUCAAGUCUACACUGGAAUGGGUGUUAAGGCCAGAGUAACACUUUCCGGAAAAUCCUUUGAUAUAGCUGUCGGAAACAAGAGAAUGGUGGUGAAAGAUUACCCCUCCGCUCGUGAAGACUUGUCACGAAUUCUUCUGACUGACUUGAAAGAUUCGAUAUCAAGUAUUUCGCACGUUAUCAUUGAUGGGUCAUAUAGUGGGUACUUUGAGCUUUCUGAUACAAUCAAGCCUUGCGCCAGGGUAUUAAUUGACUACCUACAGCACGUUGAGAAUUAUCAGGUGGGUAUAGUGACUGGAGAUAACAAAGAAGUGGCGCAUAAAAUAGGCGCAGAACUCGGAGUGCCAAAAGGCAACAUUUUCAGUGAAGUUUCCCCGCUUGACAAAGAUAAGGUUGUCACUCAACUACGUAAUCGGUUUGGCGGACGCGGAAAUAUAUCAAUUGCCUUUGUCGGUGAUGGAAUCAAUGAUGCACCUGCUUUGGUACAAGCUGAUAUUGGCAUGGCCAUCAGCACAGGCACGGAUAUCGCUAUCGACUCGGCUGAAGUUGUUUUGAUGGGAUCACAGGGGAAGAAAAAUGAUCUUUUCGGAGUUGUCACUGCCCUUCAAAUAUCUCAGGCGAGUUUUAAAAAAAUCAAGUGGAAUUUUUUCGGCGCUACAAUCUACAAUUUUUUGAUGUUGCCGUUUGCCAUGGGUUGCUUCCUUAAGUAUGGCUGGAUGCUCUCACCAGUGAGUGGAGCAGGAGCAAUGGCCUGCAGCUCAAUCAGUGUGGUGCUUAAUUCGUUAUUGCUCAAAAAAUGGAAGCCUCCCAGAGUCAAAGAAAUCGUCGAAAACUUGUACCUCAAUGAGGAAAGUAUUGGAAGCGAAUUUUCUCUCAAAAGUUCCACAUUAGGUGAGUUCAAUGCUGUGAAAAGAGGCGGGAUUAGGAAUAAGGUCCAGUUUCAUGGUUGGUCGAGGGUUUUCUCUAGCAUUAAAAGAAAGGCUCAUGGUGAAGCCGAUUACGAAAUGGUGGAAUCCCCACAGAAUUAGAGAGUUAACGGAUAAAGCGCAAAAACUAGCACAAAGCGCUUCGAAAAAUCCUUUUCACUGGGGUAAAUUGGAACAAGUUAAAAUUCGGCCCGUACAAUGGAACUUUGCAUUGGGCCAUACUUGGUACCCGGAAGCCUGUUGCAUAUGCCGCACGGAGACUCUAAAUUUAGUUCAAGUCGCGAACUAGGAUGGAAUUUGAUUCGCAAAAGCCAGUGAAAGGAAACUAAUAAAAUGAAUCUAUAUUUAUUUAUCUGCAUGAAUCUAAUUUAAGAACAAGAAA